AACAACCCCAAAAAAAAACUCAAAGCCGGAAACAAUGGUUCGCGGCCGCCAAUUCCGCGCGGCGCGCGUCCUCGAGACCGCCGAGGCACAACUGUCCAGCUCCAUCGUCAGCAGCAAGCCCAACGUCGCCGCGCCGUGGGUCCGCGCCCUGCGGUACAUCCCGCCGGCCGAGGUCCUCACGCGGCCCUACCCGAUCCAGCACACCGAGCCCAAGGACCGCGGGCGGGCCCUGCACCGCCCCCGCAACCUGUUCCGGCCGACCCGCAUCGUGCACCCGGAGGACGAGCUCCGGGCGGACUUCUACCGCGACCACCCCUGGGAGCUGGCCCGCCCCAAGCUGGUGCUCGAGCUCGACGGCAAGGACGCGCGGUACCGCGACUGGAGCAAGGGCCUGCGCCAGCCCGGCAUGGUCCUGAGUGGUGAGAGCGUCGUCCAGCGCCAGCUCUGGCUGAUGGAGAACCGGGGCCUGUCCAAGGCGCGCGCGUACGACAUUGCGCGCAAGGAGUUCUACAAGCUGCGGCAGAUGGAGCAGAUUGAGCGCAGGAUAGCCGUCGAGGAGGCCCGCAUGUACGGCGCCUACUUUGGCAAGACCGACCUGCAGGUUGGCAUGGAGCUUGAGGACGCCGCGUACGAGAACUGGAAGAAGUGGGCCACCGAGGAGAUCGCCAAGCUCGAGGCCGAGCGGACCGCCGCCUACAACAACGUCGUCGAUGCUCCCGAGGAGAAGAGCCUGUUGGAUGACGACGCGGACCUGUAACGCAACGGAGCUUUGGGGAGGAAGGGGUUUUGGGGGAAGGAAAGGGAGGGUGGAAGCCGCCUGGGCUACCAGGAUGCCCGUGUAUACCUGUAUAAAAAAUGUUCAUGAUAGGCAACAAUAGACGCUUGUACAGUCCACAGUUGCAGACAGCUGGCCUAUUCAGCUGUCUCGUACUCAUCACUAAGCGCCAGCAGUUGUGAGGUCGUGCUGGGACUCUGAGAAUGUAUAACCAGCCAGUGGAUCGCAGCAAGAGUGCAACGAGCCUCUCUAAUUGAGGCCUUGAAAACUCGAAUGAAAACAAAACCUUUUUGGAGUGCAGGCG